CAGAAUUCCAAAGCAUUGCCCCAAAUCUCACAAUGGGAACUCUCUACCAAUACCCUAUCAAAUCUUCCACUCCUAAAAUCAUUCAUGACCUCAAAGUCAUCAUUCAUGACACCAUCACUAUCUUCCCUUCUCACGAGACAGAAAAACGGUCGAUGUUCUUGUCGAACAUCGACCAAGUUCUUAAUUUUAACGUGGAAACCGUCCAUUUUUUCGUGGGGGACCCUCAGUUUCCGUCACAAGUAGUAGCAGAAAAGCUUAAAUCUGCACUGAGUGAGGCAUUGGUUGUGUACGAUUUCUUAGCAGGAAGGUUGAGGUUGAAUCUUGAUGCACAACGUUUUGAGUUUGAUUGCAAUGGAGUCGGGGCUCGGUUUGUAGUGGGUUCGAGUGAGUUCGAGUUGCAUGAAAUCGGUGACUUGGUGUACCCGAACCCUGGAUUCAGACAAUUGGUUCAAAAGAGCUAUGAUGAUUUGGCAAUACAUGAUCGACCACUUUGCAUUAUUCAGUUAACAUCCUUCAAAUGUGGUGGUUUUGCAAUUGGUGUGGCAACAAACCAUGCUACUUUUGAUGGCAUAAGCUUCAAAACCUUCCUCCAAAACUUAGCUUCUUUGGCUGCUGAUAAACCCCUCGCCACCACUCCCUGCAACGAUCGCCGCCUCCUGGCAGCAAGAUCGCCACCGCAGAUCCAAUUCGACCACCCCGAACUGUUCAAGAUCCCAACCGGAAUCGAUCUCCCAAGCCCUACAGUUUUCGACACCCCAGAAGGUGAACUCGACUUCAAGAUAUUCAAUCUGACCUCAAACGACAUAGCCUACCUCAAGCAGAAGGCCAAAGAUGAACCCUUUUCAACCAACGCGAAAAUCACAGGGUUCAAUGUGGUUGCCGCCCAUGUUUGGCGGUGCAAAGCCUUGUCCUCCGGCACCAAUUACGACCCAGAGAGGGUUUCCACGGUUCUGUACGCCGUAGACGUCCGGUCCCGGUUGGGUCUGCCGCCGUCAUACGCCGGCAACGCUGUUCUGAGCGCGUAUGCAUCUGCGCGAUGCAAGGAGAUUGAAGAAGGUCCGCUGUCGAAGCUGGUGGAGAUGGUGACUGAAGGUACUAAACGGAUGACGGGUGAAUAUGCACAAUCUGUGAUUGAUUGGGGAGAAGUGAACAAAGGGUUUCCGAAUGGUGAGUUUCUGAUUUCGUCUUGGUGGCGAUUAGGAUUUGCAGACGUGGAGUAUCCAUGGGGAAAACCAAGGUACAGUUGUCCGGUGGUUUAUCACCGGAAAGAUAUAAUAUUACUAUUUCCGGACAUCAUCGGAGAGAGCAACAAUGAAGUCAACGUCUUGGUGGCUUUGCCUGGGAAAGAAAUGGAAAAAUUUGAGGCCCUAUUUCACAAGUUCUUGGCAUGAUCAUUGAAGUCUUUAAAAAGUACCUUGGUUAAUUUGGUUUUGAAGCAUAUAUGAUAUAUGUAUACACACAAUAAAUGUAAUGUAAGUAUG